AAGCUCGACAUCCCUGGAGACUUUAACCACUAUGAGAAGAUAGACGACGCGGAGCUGAUUGCGCGCCUCGAGACAUGGAGACAAAAAGCCUGCACAGUCCUCGCGGAUCUGCAUGAGAGACUCCGGGAGAGAGACAACUUGACGUUUAGCGAGAAGGUAGAGGUUGUCUCAAAGGUUUCCCAAUUCGAUGGUGAAGGCGCAUGGGCUCUGAGUACGUCGCGUGACUUGGCGCAAGAGAUUCUCGAGCCGUAUACGGAUGGCGACAUGCAACUAAUCGAGGCUGUCCUGACACAGCGUGUGAAGGCCGUGUUCAAGCUGAACACUCAUCCUAAGGUGAGCGCGGCCACUGGUCGCUCACUAAGCCGCCCGGUGGGAGGGGAGGGUGGUGCCCAGGAUUACUACGAAGGCCAGCUCUGGAAGCGCUAUCCUGGACUCAUCAACGUAUUAGAUUGGUGUGUCAAACAUUUAAAGCCUGCCGCACUCGAGAAACUUUGGCAUCUCGUCGUCCCCCCAGUGAUGACGCUCCUUGAUGACUACGAGUUUAAAUAUAAACUACUCAGCCUUCCGAUCGUUGAUCACCUCCUAGAUAGCGCACCGGGCGAGCUCCUGCGCCGAACUGGCAUCAAUGAGCUCCUCAUCACUAGUUUCAAAACCGCUCUUACGUUCCUCCGUGCUCCAGAGACCCCGCAACUUAUCCGCAGCGUCAUUUUCACGUGGCUCAAGCUCACAGAGCGGUCAACUUCACCCGCGACUGCCAACCGAUUUGAACAGCUGUGGGCCUUACUCGGGGAAGGGAUCAUUGAGACGGUCUGGUUAUACGGAUUUAACGAUGCAGAUACCAUCCAGGCUUCCGUUGAAGCCCUUCCCGAUGUCGUACGAGCCCUCGGCAUCGGUGCUGCACGCUAUCUCAAGGCACUCAUAUCGCAGCUAGUCCUCGCCCUAAUCCCUGCUCCUGAGAAUUCUGCGCCAAUCGCGUUUCAAAUCUCGUCAGUCCGGGCCCUUGACGUACUUGUUGCAGAAUGCGCCCCUCGCAUGCACAAGUGGAAAGGGACCAUUCUCGAUGGAGUCUGCCGGUGCUGGGCGAGCCUCGUCGAGUCUGGAGCUGAUAAUACCGAUGUUCGAGAGCUGAAAAUGGCUUUGCGAGAAACGUGCGGGACCCUUGCGGCGGCUUGUCCUUCCGUAGCUACGAGUUUAGAUGCUCUUCUGCAGGAAGAAUUCCGACGUCUUCUUGAGAUGGACGAGCAAAUUUUCAAGGCCCUGGUCGCGCCUUCCAGCUCGGAGAGCCGAUGAUCCCUCCGCGCCACCGCUCAGGGUCUCAUACUUUUGGAGCAUAGCAUGAAGUUCUAACGCACCGUAUGAUGAAGUUGUGCGUGCACCGACUAUAUGCGCCCGUCGCGCCGUUGGAUUCACCGAUGGACUUUUUCUCUUUCUUCACUGCUCGGGACAAAUCGGGGUCGGGCCUGGCAGGGCGGCGCUUGAUUAUCGCGACUGGCAAAUUGAUCGGAAUGAGUCUUUCUAAUAGUCUUUCCAUGAUCCCGGAUCAGCGCACCGAUCACAAUCCUGAUCUUACACUGCCGCGCUGCGGCGGCGUGCUCUUUGUCUCUGAGCGCGAGCGAUGCCUCGCAGUGCCUCACGCGUUCAGGAUGCUUUUGGGACAAGCAGAGACAUAAGGUUACCCUGACAUCCCCACUACGAGGCGCACAAAACCGUCUC